AUGGCUAGUGAAUUUCCUCCGAUUCAUUUUUUCAAGAUAAUAGUAACUGAAAGUCUUGAUCAAGGAAAGCUUAUGAUACCAAUAAAGUUUGUGAACAAAUAUGGAGAAUGUUUACCAAAAGCUAUAUGUUUGAAGACUCCCAAUGGUGCAGAUUGGAAAAUAAGUUUGGUAAAAAGUGAUGGCAAAAUAUGGUUUGAAAAGGGUUGGAAAGACUUCGCAAACUAUCAUUCUCUAUCUCAUGGACAUCUUCUGGUUUUCAAAUAUGAAAGAACUUCCCAUUUUGAGGUAAGAGUCUUUGAUAAGAGCGCUGUAGAGAUAACCUAUCCUUUCAAAAGAGUUGAAGCCAAUAAUAAAGAAGAUUGUAGAGCAAGUCAAAAGAGAAAAGUUUACUCCUCCUUUGAAAUUGGAAGCACUAGUUGUGUAAAAAAGUGCAAAGGUAUAAAAAAAAUAGUGAAUACAACACUUGAAAAAGCAAAAGAGUUAAAAACAUGUAACCCCUCCUUCGUUAUUGUCAUGGGUGCAUCGUACGUAGAACGCGGUUUUGUUUUGACUAUACCUUCUAUGUUUGGUAAGACACACUUUGAUAUGGACAAGAACAAAGGAUAUGUUUAUUUGCAGGUAUCAAAUUAUGAAAAAGUUUGGCCUGUGAAGUACAGAAUUAGGAUGUUAGCUGGACGACUAAGAGUUGAGCUCUUAGCUGGAUGGAUGAAAUUCUCGAAGGACAAUAAUUUAAAAGUUGGAGAUGUUUGCAACUUUGAAUUCAUUCUUAAAACUAAUAUGACUUUUCAAGUUCAUAUCUUUAGAAAGACAAACACGGAUUGUUCAACAUUGGCAAUUUAUUUUCUUCCAUCUUAUGCAGAUUCUUCUCAAGUGAAAAGAGAAGCUGCUGCUCAAGGAUAG